AUGGGCCAGCCCGGCACUGCGGCCGGCGCCGUGGCCGGCAUCUUUGCCGGCCUCGCCGUCAUCUUCUUCGGCUACAAGGCGUACGUCAAGUGGCACCACCACCGCGUGCGCAAGCUCAACGAGCAGACGCUGCCGCCGAUCCGCGAGCCGCCGCCCGCCUACGUGAGCCACGGCGGCGGCGGCUCGCCGUACGCGCCGCCCUCGACGAUCGGCACGCUGUACGGCGAGACGUGGCGCAGCAGCUGGCGCGGCAGCAGCGGCAAGGGCAGCCCCGGCGGCACCAACGCCUCGCUCUCGGACAUGCGCCGCCUCAGCUCCAGCGGCCUGCUCGUCGCCAGCCCGACGGGCGGCAGCAGCCACUACGGCCUCAGCGGCGUCGCCACGCCUGCUGCCGAGAGCUCGGCGCCCGGCUCGCCGCUGAGCCCCGCGGCCGACUUCCUGCCGCCGCAGUUCCCCGGCGAGGCGCACGAGGCGCACCUGCGCAACUCGAGCUCGAGCAGCACCAACGCGCUGCAGCGCUCCUACGCCGGCUCCAUCUACUCGCACUCCAACGUCGGACACGGCAGCUCCGGCGGCCAGAGCUAUGACGCGCAGCAGGGCCCGCCGCCGCGGCGCCACUCGUACCUGCCGCAUCUGCCGUCGAACCGCGAGUCGAUCCACAUUGUGCCGCCGCAGCCGCUCGGCUUCGGCCUCGGCGGCCUUGCGCAGGCCGUCGACCAGAAGACGCUCGCCUUCUCCAAGGGCAGCGGCAUCGGCGACGGCGACGAGUUCACCACCGGCCUCGUGUGGGAGGGCAACGACGGCAGCGGCGGCGCCAACGACUUUGGCGCCGCGGGCGGCAGCGCAGCCGCAGCGGCGCGCAUGCGCGAGAUGGAGCGUGCCCGCUACCUGGCGCAGGGCCCGGUGCGCUCGGCGUCCAACACGACGGCCGGUGCUGCGGGCGAGGGCUGGUCGACGCCAGACCACCCGAGUUCGCGCAGCCUGAGCCCGGCACAGCUCGCCGGCUCGUCGUCGCUCUCCUCCUCGUCCGACGCCGGCAGCUCGCCGCGCCCGACGCGGAGAGCACCGGCGAGCAGCUCGCGCGACCCCGUGCUGGCCAAGCCGCUGCCCUCGCAGCCCGGCGGCGGCUCGCGCUCGUCGCACACCGUCGCGGCGUCGCACCUGCAGUCGCCGCUGCAGCUCGUCUCGCAAGGCGCCGCGCCGUACGCCACUGCAGAUCGCUCGACGCCGCCGUCUCUCGGCUCGCACGGCGGCUCGCCGAUCAUCGGCGCCUUCCGCUCCAGCCCCAGCGGCGGCCCGCUGAGCGACACGCGCGGCUCGACGCCCGUGCGCAGCGCCGGCACGCCGGAGCUGGCCUCGCGCUCCGACUCGGGCACGGGAGGCAGCAGCCGCACGACGGCGUCGAGCAGCGUUGUCGACGGCGCCGUUGACGUGCCGUCCGAGGAGCUGCCGGCGCACCGCGGCCGCAGCUUUGCCGUGGGCAAGGAUGGCCAGCUGCGCAUGACGGGCGCCGCCGAGGAGGCAUGGCGAGCGCCCGGCGUGGCAGCGCAGGCCUGA